AUGGCAACCUAUGAAGAUCCCCUCCUUGGAGAUGUACACGUUUACCCCGAUAAAGGUACAGUCGCAUUUUUUGCUGGGUUGCAUGGCUGGGCUUUCACUCUAACUAACUUUGUCAAGAUGUAUGCGUCCAAAUUCGGUGUUGAUGAGGCUAAGAUGAUGGAAAGACUGGGGGGUGAAAAUUUCUUUGGCCCUGCUACCAAGAAAUGGACCAGCAAGAACACAGGUUCUUCAACGUCCAAACGUGGUUUCGUGCAGUUCUGCUAUGAACCUUUCAAGCAGAUUAUUAAUACUUGUAUGAAUGAUCAGAAAGAUAAGCUUUGGCCAAUGUUGCAGAAGCUUGGAGUUGCCAUGAAGUCCGAUGAGAAAGAUUUGAUGGGAAAAGCGUUAAUGAAACGGGUUAUGCAAACAUGGCUUCCUGCUAGUAGUGCUCUUCUUGAAAUGAUGGUAUUCCAUCUUCCAUCUCCCGCCACGGCUCAAAGAUACCGUGUUGAAAACUUGUAUGAAGGUCCACUUGACGAUGCAUAUGCUAGCGCAAUUAGGACUGCGAUCCUGACGGUCCUCUUAUGCUCAUCCAAGAUAUUCCAGCAUCUGACAAGGGUCGAUUCUUUGCUUUUGGUCGUGUGUUCUCCGGGAAGGUCUCAACUGGUUUGA